AUGGACGAAAAUGAUCUCGCAAAUCUAGACUUGGACUUUAAAAGAUACUUACAGUUACUAAGACCAUAUUUAAUGCACUUGGCUAACGAGAAUGUGGUCAAACUCUGUGAUACCUGGAUUCAAAGGCUAUCAGAUUGCAAAGAUGAUGAAAAAGUAUUAAGAAAUAAAUAUAUAUUUUUAUUGUGCUACCAGCUUGCUAGAGGUAUUUUUGAUAAACCUUUUUUAAGCCAUCCACCGUCAAAACUGCAGGAUUUGAGUGAUGAUCUUAAUAGUGACGACUCCUCGUCUGAAGUAGAAGAUCUAGUUAAGGAGAAACCUAAAACGAGAGUUUUAUAUAACAGUAAAAACUUAACGGUUUCCGAAUCUGAUUACUUAUCACAAGACGAUGAUAAAACAGGGAAUGAAAAUGCAAAUAAUCAUGAGAAAUAUGAGAAAAGAGAUACAACGUUCGGUCCUCGACACUCUCAGACAAUAAUUUGUUACCGUUGUCCAGAGUUGCAAACAAGUGAUCACAAGGUGCAAGGAGAUGAGUAUGAACUUAGAGCAAAUAAUCUAAUAAAGAAACUGAGAGAAAUUAAAAUGCAAAAUUUAUUAUUAAACAGAGAACUAACGUCUUUAAGAGAAGAAUCUAAAUGUGCACAUGUCCUUACUGAAGGUUUAGUUAAUAAAGUUGAUAUCGCCACGAGUCCUAUUGUACACAGGAAUGACAGUAGCGCAACUUUAAAUUCAUUACGACAUCAAUUACAAGAAAUACAAGAUUCCAGAAAUGUCUUAAUUGAGACUAUAAGUAAUUUACAAAACCAGAUAGAUAAUUUCAAUGAACUCAAAAGAAAUGAAAUUGAUGACAUUGAAGCUAAACAUAAGUUGGAACUGAUUAAAGUAAGAACUGAUGCUAGGGACGAGACAAAAUUGAUUUACGAUAAGAAAUUUGAAGAACUUAAACAGAGUUACGAAAAUACCAUUGCAAAAAUACAACAAACGGCUGAACAUGAAAUAAAUGCCGUAACCAAAACAAAAGAUGAAAUAAUUUCAGAGAAGAACAAACUUUUAGAUAGUAAAGAUAAAAGUAUAGCUGAACUAACGAAUCAAAUAGAGGCUCAAAAAACGACAGUUCACUCAAUGAUAACCCAGUUUAUAGAAAAGUCUUCAGAGGAUGUGUCUUGUCAAGGAUUAAGAAUAAAAAAUCAAUUAUUGGAAAAACGCUUGAAUAAGAUUGAAAAGUCUAAACUUAAAUGUACCAAAAUUUUUGACUCGAAGUUAUCACAAUUGCAACGUGAUAAGCAUUUGGCAGAAUGUUCCUUGCAGCUUCAGCUAGUUAGGCAAAGAGCUCAAAUAGUCAGUGAAAUAUCUGAUGACAACCAAACUGAACUGAAUACAUCGCUUGACAAACUCGAAAGUAAAUAUAAAGAUAUUGUAGCUAACAUUCAAGCUACGGCAAUACAAAGAAGAAUACAAGACCAGAGAGCAUUAGAAUGUCUCAUGCAGACAGUUUGUGGAUUUGAUGGACAGAAUCAAUACUCCAAUCCACUACGAAAUCCUAAUCAAAGUUAUGAAUCUGAAAGCACAUCUUUUGCACGUAAUAAUAGAGUUGGAAAUGUAGCCAUGGGAGCCAAAUCAUUUGGUGAAGACAGUGUUAUGCCUGGUUUUUGCCUUAACGGAGAUAGAAUGGGUGAAUUAUUCGAGAGGGUGCACAUACCUCAGCGAGAUAACUGCAACGCAGAAGCAAGGUGA